GUAGUGCACCUUUACGCUGGUCACCGACCGCCAGAAGAAGCAGAAACCGGAAAAUGCUAGCGGAGCUAGCUUGUUGUUCUGGUGUGUGAGGAGAAUAUUUGAGGCGGUUAGCUCUACUCCGUGAACUCAGCUGUUAGCUAAACACGGCUAAAGAAAACCUGCUACCACUUCAGGAUCUGGGACUGAUUCAUCGUGUGUUCUUCACCACCUGGACCUGGACAGCAUGGACACAGGUGUUCAACAGAUGGUGCAGGUUAAAGAAGAUCCUGAAGAACAGAGUGCUGGUGUGGAACAGCAGGACCCAGAACACCUCCACAUAAAGGAGGAAAAUGAGGAACUCUGGACCAGUCUUACGGGAGAGCAUCUCCAUUUGAAGGAGGAGACUGAUUCUGCCUGGUUUCAAUUCAGUGCUGUUUCUAUAAAGAGUGAGGAUGAUGAAGAGAAACCUGUGGUCUCACAGCUUCAUCAGCAGGAAAUAGAAGACAAAGAUGUUCCAACCAGCAGCUCUUCUGACCAGUUGACAGCGGAAACUGGUGGAGGAGCAGGAACUAGCAGGAACCCAGAUCUGAACCCUCAUGAACAAACAUCUGAUUCUUCAGAGACUGAAGUUAGUGGAGAUGAUGAUAUGAAUCUAGACUCUGGGAUGUCAGACUCUGGGUCUGAAACUGGAGACGAAGGCCAUGACUGGAAUGAGAAAAGGUCUUCUGAGUCAGGUGUUAAGUCUGUCAACAUAUCCUUUAGCUGCCUUGAGUGCGGUGAACGAUUUCAUGACAAGCAGUUUCUCCAGAAACACGUGAGAGUAACCAGCCAUUCAGCAAUCAGGUCUUCCAACUCUUUGGGUAAUAAGAAAUCGGUUAGACUUAAGCAACCCUUAGACUCAUAUAGGGAAGUCCAGAAAGAACUAAAAUCAUUUAGUUGUGGUGACUGUGGAAAAAUAUUUAGUACAAAAUCAAGUUUUAACAGACACCAGAGAAUCCACACAGGACAGAAACCAUUUGCUUGUGAGUUCUGUGGAGAAAGAUAUGGACAAAAGAAAAAUUUAUUCAAUCACAUGAAAGUCCACACAGGACAUAAACCUUUUGUCUGUGAGCUCUGUGGACAAACAUUUAAACAUAAGUCGAAUUUAAACGAUCACACGAGAGUCCACACAGGACAUAAACCAUUUGUCUGUGAGCUCUGUGGAAAAAGAUUUACCCAAAAGGCAAAUUUACACACUCACAUGAGAGUCCACACAGGACAUAAACCAUUUGUCUGUGAGCUCUGUGGAAAAAGAUUUACCCAAAAGGUGAAUUUAAACACUCACAUGAGAGGCCACACAGGUCAGAAGCCUUUUGUCUGUGAACUCUGUGGAAAUCAAUUUACCCGUAAGUCAAACUUAAACGAUCACAUGAGAGUCCACACAGGACAUGAACCAUUUGUCUGUGAGCUCUGUGGACAAAGAUUUAAACACAAGUCGGAUUUAAAUGCUCACAUGAGAGUCCACACAGUACAGAACCCUUUAGUCUGUGAGCCCUGUGGACAAAGAUUUAAACAAAAGUCAACUUUCAACCGUCACAUGAGAGUCCACACAGGACAGAAGCCUUUUGCCUGUGAGCUCUGUGGAAAAAGAUUUACCCAAAAGUCGAAUUUAAAUGCUCACAUGAGAGUCCACACAGGAGAUAAACCAUUUGUCUGUGAGUUCUGUGGACAAAGAUAUGGACAAAAGAGAAAUUUAUUCAAGCACAUGAGUGUCCACACAGGAUAGAAACCGGUUUGUGAGCUCUGUGGACAAAUUUAAAGUGACUGUGUGUAUUUUCCCUUGCAAUAGGGGACAGCACAUACAUAAAUGCAAGCAAUUAGUAUUUUUGUGUUUGAGUAAGACUUUACCAAUGUAUGGCUAUCAGGGUCAAAAACCUCUGCACUAUUCAAACAUGUCUUGACAGUUGACAGCAACAGAUUCCAAAUGCAAAUAGCACACUUGAAAUGAACUCUAGACCUUUUAUCUGCUCAUUGUAAUAGGGUUAAUGAGGGAAUAACACACACCUGGCCAUGGAACAGCUGAGACGCCAAUUGUCCCAUUACUUUCUUAUGGCACUCGCAGAGUACAGACGCUUCUCUUUUUGCUCCCUUGUCUUUUUUUCCCCAAGGCUCUUUGUCCUGUCUAUCCACAGAGCGCUUCUCUGCAUUUCUUCUGAAAAACCCUAUUUUUUAAUGAUGGAUUUGAUUAAUUGGUCAUUCAACGCGAUUGAUAAGAUCUUUUCAACAAUGAGAACGGAGCAGGGGGCUCCCACUUGCCCGCAAGGGACACACCCGGCGGGGUAUAUGCUCGAUUCCUGGAAGGAGUGGAAGAUCAUAUGCCUCUCCCAGCUGUCCAUUGAGGAUGUCGAAGACGUGUGGAUGUUUAGCCUGAUGAUCACUGGAUUUCUUCUGAUUGGAGUGGGAGGAUAUCUGAUUUUCUGGAAAUUUGGGAAGACGGGAGCGAUUGGAGUGCGACCCGCACCCACGGAAAGCACCGUCCGUGUGGAGACCUCACAGACUGGGACGCUACUCGAGGUGAAUCGUAAGCUGGACAAUGUUUUAGCUGUGAUACCAGUAUUGGUGCGCAAAAUGGAUGUCAUCUCGGAGAGGGUCACCGGACGGUAUGGACAAGUUUAAAAACCAAAUUGGCUUCACUGGAGGACUUGAAUGAUCAGUUUAAAGACUGAAGGCAGAGAGGAAAAUUAUCUCAGCCUGACCCAAAGUCUUGUUAUCCGAAUCUGAAGCCAUAGCAGCCUUCAAGAUGCUAACAACAACCCCCACGAAGGAAUGCAGGCAGAUGCUGUGAACCUUCCCGCCCCGCCGCCUUCGGAUUGGUGGACUUCCGCCUGGUGAGGUCAUCAACCUGCAGGAGUCAAUGUGCUCUGUGCUCCUCCCAAGAUCUCCCUCCCACCUGUGGCUACAGUGACUGAGCGCCGUACAUGGCUGCUCUCGCUGGGGAAACAGAAUCCCAGCCACCCCCCCUGCCUUCCAAUUGGAGUUUCAUGUUAUGUUGUGAUGUGAUGUCUGUUGCUUAUCUGUUUGAGGUGUUUUAUUUUUUUGCAGAGCAAAGCUGCCCUCCUGGUGGGAGAGCAGCUAUGAAGUGCCUUUUUUCCCUCCUCCCGAAUCAAUUCCUCAUGUUACCCUCUUAUCUCUUUUAAGGUAGCGUGACUCGGGGGUUACGAAUGACCACAGUCACCAAUUCUUGUCGUGUCUUGCCCAUGUAUGUCUGAUCUCUGAAUUGUGUGUACUGAAACUAAUUCCCUCUGGGAUUUAUAAAGUACCUUUGAUUUGAUUUGAUUUUGGUCCCUUAACAAGUGGGAGGCACAUAUGCUAACCGUUGUAAUUCCUACACCAUUCACCUGAUUUGGAUGUAAAUACCCUCAAAUAAAAGCUGACAGUCUGCAGUUAAUGCA